AUAAAUAGCGGCCAAUGGGCGGCCCGCGUAGCGCCCCUUAAGAGCCACGGGAGCUCGGAGCGGCCGCUGUUCGCCUGCGCCGCGCCGGAGCUGCCGAAUAACCUAGCUAUCCCGCUCCUGUCCGGCCGCCCGCGCGCCGCCGCCAUGCCUUUCUCCAACAGCCACAACGCGCUGAAGCUGCGCUUCCCCGCCGAGGACGAGUUCCCCGACCUGAGCGGUCACAACAACCACAUGGCCAAAGUGCUGACCCCCGAGCUGUACGCGGAGCUGCGCGCCAAGAGCACGCCGAGCGGCUUCACGGUGGACGACGCCAUACAGACUGGAGUGGACAACCCAGGCCAUCCCUAUAUCCUGACCGUGGGCUGCGUGGCAGGCGACGAGGACUCGUACGACGUGUUCAAGGAGCUCUUUGACCCCAUUAUCGAGGACAGGCACGGCGGCUACAAGCCCUGCGACGAACACAAAACCGACCUCAAUCCUGACAACCUGCAGGGCGGUGACGACCUGGACCCCAACUACGUGCUGAGCUCGCGGGUGCGCACCGGCCGCAGCAUCCGCGGCUUCUGCCUCCCUCCGCACUGCAGCCGCGGGGAGCGCCGCGCCAUCGAGAAGCUCGCUGUGGAAGCCCUAUCCAGCCUGGACGGCGACCUAGCCGGCAGGUACUACGCUCUCAAGAGCAUGACCGAGGCGGAGCAGCAGCAGCUUAUCGACGACCACUUCCUCUUCGACAAGCCCGUGUCGCCCCUGCUGCUGGCCUCGGGCAUGGCCCGCGAUUGGCCCGAUGCCCGGGGCAUCUGGCACAAUGACAAUAAGACCUUCCUGGUGUGGAUCAAUGAGGAGGACCACCUACGGGUCAUCUCUAUGCAGAAGGGGGGCAACAUGAAGGAGGUGUUCACCCGCUUCUGCAAUGGCCUCACCCAGAUUGAAACACUCUUCAAGUCUAAGAACUACGAGUUCAUGUGGAACCCUCACCUGGGCUACAUCCUCACCUGCCCAUCCAACCUGGGCACAGGGCUGAGGGCGGGUGUGCACAUCAAGCUGCCCCACCUGGGCAAGCACGAGAAGUUCCCGGAGGCACUCAAGCGGCUGCGACUUCAGAAGCGAGGCACAGGCGGUGUGGACACAGCUGCCGUGGGCGGGGUCUUCGACAUCUCCAAUGCAGACCGCUUGGGCUUCUCGGAGGUGGAACUGGUGCAGAUGGUGGUGGACGGUGUGAAGCUGCUCAUUGAGAUGGAGCAGCGGCUGGAACAGGGUCAGGGCAUUGAUGACCUCAUGCCUGCUCAGAAGUGAAGACCUGGCCCACACUCGGCCACACCACCAGCCCUAAUGCUUCCUAACUUAUUGCCUGGGAGAUGCCCACCAUGCACCCCUGAUGUCUGCUGCCUGGCAGCUGAGCCCUCAGCCUCGCUGUAGAGACUUCUGUCACCCUUGGUAGAGUUUAUUUUUGUGAUGGCUAAGAUAUUGCUGAUGCUGAAAUAAACUAGGGUUUUAGCCUGC